AUGCCGCGUCCAAAGACGACUAGAGUUAGCCAUAACAAAAAAGCGUCAACGUAUAGAUCCGGCCGAUUAAACAGCACAGAGGACCUGAAAAAUCCACAAAAAAUAACAGAUUUUUUUGGCGGUAGUGGUCGAAAAAAGGCAAGGAUUUCAGAAGCAAAUGAAACACGUGACGGCAUCGAUAGUGAGGGAAGUGCUGCAGAGCCAGAGGUGCCGGAGUCGGGCGUGCUGAUAUCCCCUAGCCCCGAACCGGCGUCGGCAAGCACCAGCGAAACACCAAGCACUUCUAAACUUCACACCCAAGAAAACUUGGAAAAUAUACAGGAAAAUGUCGACAGCGAUAGGCCUUCAACACCAGAACAAACCGAGUCUUUAGACUAUAGCACAACGGAGGGCAAAAGAUCUGACGGACGAACAAACAGGGACGGUCAAUCACGGGCCCAGUGGGAAAAAAUUUUUUCUUGGCUUUAUUACAGUCAUGACCAACAAGGUUGGAAGUGCAAAUUAUGUGAGGAAUAUGCUGUAACAGGUGACGAGACAUGGAAAAAUAAAGCAGUUAAACUAGAAGGCCAUCCAAAAAGGGUUUUAGAAAAUCACAGCCGUGGCAGUAAACACCAGAAUGCCAUUACUCAGAAAAGAGCUAUACAAGCCAUGGUUUCCAAGGGAAAUAUAACACAGCAGAUAACGAGUUCUUUGGCAAAACAAAAACAAACAGAACAAGCCCGAAAUCAGAGAGUAGUCGAAAAAUUGAUAAAAUCAACAUACUUCAUUGCUAAGAAAAAGUGGGCAGUAAAACAGAACUUUCAAGAAUUUGUGAAUUUUAUUGCAAAUUUGGGAGAGGAAGACUUACGAUGGCAUUGCCAAUCUAGUGCUAAAAACGCCACAUACUUGUCAUCUACAAGCGUUGAGGAAUUUCUGUGUGCGAUAAACUGUUGUUUAGAGACAGAUCUUCUCGAUAAGCUGGCCUGUUGCUCUGGCUUUACCAUCUUAGCAGACGAAAGCACAGAUGAAAAAGAUCGAGAACAACUCACCAUCUUCAUCAGGUACGUGGACAGAAUAACACACAAGGUUAGUGAAGAAUAUUUAUCAAUUGUUCAAAUCAAGGCUGAUAAAACAGCUGGGUCGCUUUUCACUGAGGUGAUGGGCGUUUUAAAACAGAAAGGACUUGAACCGAAAGAAAUUCGAUUUACUGGGUUUGAUGGAACAAACACAAUGUCUGGUGAAAAAAACGGACUUCAGAGAAGAAUUAGGCACAUAUCCCCUCACGCAAUAUACCAGAAUUGCAGAAAUCACAAACUGGCUUUAGUAUUCGUACACUUAAUGAAGAAAUUCCCAUUACUUCAGCAGCUGGACAAAGUAUUGCUCACAGUUUGGAAACUUUUCAAACACUCAACUAUCAAGUUCGCCGUUUUUGAAGAAGCACAGGCUGUUGAAGGCCUCACGCCUGUUAAAAUUUUGAAGGCUUGCACAACACGGUGGCUGAGUCACGGAGAAGCAUGUGUGAGGAUAUUGUCACGCUGGGACUGUUUGCUGGAUUCUCUUGACACUCUGUUCGCUAAUCGAGGCGAACCUGAAGUAAAGGGCUGUAGAGAUCAGCUUAUUGAAGUGUGCUUGAUGGCAGUUUUACUCGCCGACGUGCUGAUCGCCGUAAAUCAGUUCUCUAAGUUUCUUCAGAGAAAGAACCUGGAUUUCACAUCUAUUCCGGCAAGAUUUCAAAAACUGAAAUUAGCUAUUUCAGAGCUUUCUGCAAAUUUGGAUCUAGGCAAAUACUUUUCACAAGCAAGAAAAUUUGUGGAAAAGAACAAGACAAGAGCAGAGAUGGGGAGACGCCUCAGACGGGAAGACAGCUUUCUUGAUCACGAUCAGUCUGUUACAGAAACUGUGGAACAAUUCAAACAAACUGUAGCAAGACCAUUUUUGCACAGUCUUCUACAAGAAUUGGAGGAUGCCAUAUCAAUCAACAACCCUGUGUUAAAACAUUUUGAUGUGUUUAAUCCUUCACUCAAGCCUCAAGUUAGUGACAGGCUUGCUCACUUGGAUGCUCUCAUUGAGUUUUAUGGUGACACACAGUUGGAUACUCACGGGGGUGAAACAAACACUUCCUAUCCUUUAAUUAAUAGGCAGGAAGCAGUUGGAGAGAGGUCAGAUUUUCUACAAGAAUUUGAUCAGGCUUACGAAACUUGUUGCUACGAUUUCAGGACAGAAGUUGCUAAGAUGGUCCGAGAAAAGAAAAUCAAAAAGAUGGACACCAGUGACUACAUUGACAGUCAUCCCGUGGAAUCUGCCUCAGUUUAUCAGCAAAUGUGUGCUUCUGGGUCAGGGAGCUUAACUACCACAAAGCACUGUAUGAAAUUGUUUGAAUUGGCACUACUAAUCCCGCCUUCCACAGCAAACGUAGAAAGAGGUUUUUCUACCAUGAACCUCAUUUGCAGCUCACUGAGAGCCUCACUCAACCAAACAAGCUUGGAUCGUUUCAUGAGAAUAAACCUGAAUGGCCCUGACAGCCUUUCAGAAUCAUACGUGAAAAGAAUAGCGGAGAAAUGGGCUUCAGUGAAAGAUCGUAGGAUCCUGCCUUGCUGA